AUGAUUCAAUCUGGCUCAGUAGAUGCGCUUCAAAAUGCCGUGGAAGCCUCCGAUCUUCACGAGCCGGAUUACAGUGUCGAGGUCAAGCUCAGUGACCUGCAAGCUGACCCGAACAACCCGCUUUACUCAAUCAAGUCUUUCGAAGACUUGGGGCUCGAUGAACGCAUCCUCAAAGGUCUCUCGGACAUGGGCUUCCGCAAGCCGUCUAAGGUCCAAGAACGCGCCCUGCCUCUGUUGAUGAGCAAUCCCCCGAAGAACCUCGUUGGCCAGUCGCAGUCCGGUACUGGCAAGACCGCCGCUUUCGUCCUUAACGUUCUGAGCCGUCUCGAUCUUAGCACCGAAGAGCUUCAACAGACCCCCCAGGCCCUAAUCCUUGCUCCUACUCGUGAGCUGGCUCGCCAGAUCGUCGGUGUUGUUCAGGUGAUGGGACAAUUCCUGGAAGGCUUGGUUAUUGGCACUGCAGUUCCUGCGGAUACAUCCAGUCGCCCCUCCCGCUUGAAUUGCUCGGUUGUCGUGGGCACUCCCGGUACAGUUCAGGAUCUGGUGAAGAAGCGGAUUAUGAAUCCUUCCCAACUUAAGGUCUUGGUGCUUGAUGAGGCCGACAACAUGCUUGACCAGCAAGGUCUCGGUGACCAGUGUAUCCGUGUCAAGGGAAUGCUACCUCGCACCAUCCAAGUCGUCCUAUUCUCUGCUACUUUCCCUACCCAUGUUUACCGCUAUGCGACCAAGUUUGCCCCUGAUGCGAACGAGAUUACCCUCCAACAUGAGGAGUUGACCGUUGACGGCAUCAAGCAACUGUACAUGGACUGCGCCAAUGAUGAGGAGAAGUACAGCAACCUGGUGCAGCUCUACGGCCUACUCACUGUUGGUUCCUCGAUUAUCUUCGUCAGAACCCGCAAUUCGGCCGUCGAAAUCGAGAAACGCAUGGUCGCCGAGGGCCACACUGUCGCUUCUUUGACCGGUGGAAUUGAAGGCUCUCAGCGCGAUACCAUCAUUGAUGCGUUCCGCACCGGCGCCGCAAAGGUUCUCAUCACUACCAACGUUCUGGCUCGCGGAAUUGACGUGUCUACCGUUUCGCUUGUCGUUAACUACGAUAUCCCAGAGGCAUAUGUCGGCGGCUCGCGCUCCCGUGAACCCGAUUACCAGACCUACCUUCACCGUAUUGGUCGUACCGGACGUUUCGGUCGUAUCGGUGUGGCUAUCUCCUUCGUCUCGAACCGCGAGGAAUGGGACAUGUUGCGCAAAAUUCAAGAGCACUUCCAAUGCACCAUUGAGCGUGUCGAGACUAACGACUGGGAUGAGGUUGAAGACCUCAUCAAGCGCACACUUAAAAACUCGCGCGCGCAGGCCAACUUCGUUGCGACCUAG